AUCGUUUGAGCGUUUGAUGCUUACAGUUGAAACUGUUCAAACUACAAAAUUUCAACCGUUGAAAUAACAGUGACUGAGCCUAUGGAUAGAUCUAUCUUCUCGUAUCAAUUGCUUAUUUUAGCAGCAUGUGAAAUUAUACCUUUUUAAAAGGCACAUGGAUAGACCUACUACUGGUAUACAUACGUAAGAAACACGUGGCAAUUAUUUAAUACAUAAAUCGUAAUCGUGACCUAUAAUGGAACAGCAUCUAAAAUCCAUCAAAGUCGGAUUUAUCGGAGGCGGAAAUAUGGCUAGUGCUAUAGGCGCUGGCUUAAUUCGCAGAGGUAUAUUAAAUCCAGAUAAUGUCUGGGUUUCUAGUCGUACGGACAGAACACAUAAAUUUUGGAGGGAUCUAGGGGCUCGUGCAACAUUAAAAAACAAUGAAGUUGUAAACAACUGUGACAUUGUGUUUCUAACAGUAAAACCACAUAUGCUGGAUGAUGCGCUUGAGACUAUUACAGAGAAAAGAGCAGGUGAAAAAUUUGAGACCAAGCUCUUUAUUUCAGUACUUGUCGGAGUAUCUCUUGAUGUUUUGUAUAUUAAACUCUCUGCAAUUGUGAUUUCACCAAGAAUAAUUAGAUCCAUGCCAAAUACACCUAUGAUGAUUGGAGAAGGAAUUACAGCAACAACGCUGAAAUGAAAGAUCUAGAACUGGUGGAUAUGUUAUUUUCUUAUAUCGGCGUGAGUCAAAUUGUUCCAGAAAGUCUUAUG